AUGGCGAUAGCCUCUGCUGGACCUUCGCGCCAUUUCUUCGAGCCUCAGAAGGGUAGUGACAAGGAUGCGCAGCCCGAUCCUCUGAUCGGGCUCCUCCCGCCUCCCGGCGCCGCCUCCGAAUCCCCCAUCCUCCAACGUCUUCGCCGCAUCGAAGCACGAGCUGCUACCCUCUCCCCAAAGGAGACGCACGAGGGGCGAGCUAUAUGCGGUGAUGAUGAGCUGGCAUGGCGGGAUAGGUCACUGCUAUGGAGUCGAGGUGGACAGGUAAUGCGCAGCUUCACCUUUCAGCAGGACGUUGUGCAGGCUUGCUGGGCAAAGAUGGGGCCGAGCGGCAGACGACAACGUAAUCGACGACGCAGUCAUGGUAGCGAUAGCGAGGGCGAGCAUCGCUCAUCGUUCAGCGCGGCUCAGCGCCGUAUGCGAGCUUCGUGGGUAGGAGGCAACGAGUCUGCGAAUCCGGCCUCUUCAUCCUCGUCUUCUACCCCCUCCAACUCUCGCCAACUCGUCGUAAUCCUCUCGGACUCUUUCUGGAUCUACUACCCCAGCUCAGGUCACGAGUACACAACGGCGAAGAACUUCAAGCUCGCUCAUGCCUGGCCAGCUACAAGCGGGGUAUUUCUGCAAAGAAGUCUCGAGGCAGAGGAUCAUAGGCCCGCUCAAUCCUCCCACGCCUUCGAUGCGGCGCCACAGCUCCCGACGCUCUUUUUCCUUGGAGAUCACUUGGACGAAGUCACGCCUGUCAUGCUGUCUGGCUCUCUGCCGGCUUUCACCGAAGACGUGCGAGAGACAAUCGUGUUCGUGCACGAUGAGGGACAUAUGCGCAUUCUCGUGACGGUCAGACCGGAGGCGGGGGAGAUCAGAUUGUAUGCCUACAGUAUUGGCGCGCCAUGCCCAUCGGCAGCGUUGCAACCUCCUCAGCAAGCGCACCACUCAGCCUCAAUGACCCGCAGCGAGUCUGCCCCCUCUGUGCCUCCAAAGCUAGGCAAGGGUCGACCAUCAAUGCCCCGUCGUUCCUCCCGCCUCUCCAGCACAACGGUUGCCACGCUUAAGAGCGGGUCCGGUCCCUCCGCUCCUCCAAUGACACGUCGUCGCAGCUCUCGCUAUCCGUCCACCGACUUUGGCACUGGUAACAUGUCCCGCAUCGAGGAGACGACCUUCAACCGCAGCGUAGCCGCUGGCAUCAGUGCCGCAGGCCCAUCCACUUCCUCCGCGGCGGCGGUGGUUCACGCCAGCUCUGCAGCAGCAGCAGCAGCCGCGUCCAAUGUGGCGUCGAUGACCACUCUCGAGCAGCAGGAGGAUGCAGUCGAGGCGGAGGAGAUGGGUCAGAUGGUCGAGGGGCUGGCGCGCGGCAAAAGAAGCAUGAAUGCUCAGGGAGACGACUCUAUCGUGCGCCGGCAGUCCAUCAGUAACGCGAAUACAUCAAGACAUCACCGUCGAGUCAGUCAGAUGGGACGCAGCGGGACGCAUCCGUAUACCACCCCGCGUAACAUCAGCGCUAGGCACUCGACGGGGCGAAGGCGCCGGUCUGGGGAGGGGGUGGAUCUCGACCUUGACCCUGUGUCGAUGUCAGUCAGGGACGGUACAUUCGCUGCAGGAGAGGAGGACUUCUCGCAACGCAUGGGUGAGGAUCAGGCAACGGCAGCCAGGCUCGUGGAUCACGCCCUGGGCGAGCAUAGCAAGCGGGCGACCCUCCAGCUCAUCGACGUCGUACGAGUGGAACCAUGGACGGCGGAAGAGGGCAAUCAAAUCAGCGUCUUUGUCAAUGAGGAUGGACAAGUGCUCCACGUCUACUUUCACGCGCAGGGACGGCUUCAUUUCCGUACCAUGCGCUUUGCAUACGCAGGCAAGGACAAAGCUACUCCUCCCCCGCAGGUGGUCGCGCAAGGCUGUGUGGAAGCUCAAGGAGCGGCUGCAGUUGAGGUUGAAGCAGGACGCAGACAAGUUGUAUUGCUCAACGAGAAGGGUCAGCUACAUCUUUGCCUUGAAGACGAUCCCAGCGGGGCAACACUUGCCCUUCGUCUCGAUGAAACAAGCCAGGGCUCGUGGCUUCUGACGCCAACUACGCAACACACCAACCAUGGCCCUUCACCCAGCUCCAUGGCCUGCGACGACGGCCGAGCGCUCGCCCUCACAAUCGCCUCGAGCAGUAACACAAUCGUUCCGCGCUUAAAUUUCGCCUUCUCUCCGCGAGAACCUACGCUAUGCCGACUUCUCAGCUCGUCCGAAGUCAGCACGACUGCUGGAGCGCAAUUGCGGCGCAACUGGAUCUUGGCACAUGGCGAUUCGGUGUCAGAGUGGAAGGCGCUGUGGAUCGCUCUAGGCGGCAGCGCGUCGGAGCAGAAGGGCUUGGACGAAGACGACGAGAUGAUGGCUCAAAUUGAUUCAUUCGGCCUCUUGCCGCCAGCACCUACCAGAACAGGGCCGGCGACGCUCUAUCUGGAUUCGUCUCUGCGCGCAGAGUCGCUGCGACUCCUCUCAAUUCUCGACGCUGUUGCUCAGGACUGCAGGCUGGACGUCACAUCGAAGGACGUCCCACGGCUCGCAGAGAUCAUCGUACAGCUAGCUGCCGCGUGCGGUGCGCGUCACUACGCCGACUACUGGUCGCUUUUGGUGCCAGCUGCCAGCACGAGCGCUUCUUCACAGCUUGGGGACGUCAGCUCGUAUCCUUCGGACAUUUUCCACCUCCUCGAGCGCUCUGUACGCGGCGAGUCGCAUCUCGAAUUGCUCAACAUGAGCGAGAGCCAAGUAUCAACCGUGAUGCCCAACUUCUCGCGCAUUCUACGCGUCCUGAAGGCCUACAAGGCGCCCAUUACCACCCGAAGUCGCCCACUCGGCUCAGACGAAGAGGUCCCCGACUCUCUCAUCCGCAGCUUCGCAGUCGCCAACGCAAUGGUACGCGAAAGUCUCACUCCUUCGCAAAUGGAUCGCCUCCCCUGGUCACUCUGGUUGCCGCUCCGACUCACGCUGCUACGUUGCGCCUCCAAUCCCGUCGCCUCCAUUUCCGCACCGCUCUGCCGCCUCCUCGAGCGAUUCGACCUCGUUCCGCAGCAUCGCGAGACGGCAAUCCGCUACAACGCUCCCGAGUCGCUCCGCUCCCUACCUACGUCCGGCCCUCGUCGCCUCGACCCUCUCUCGGCCAUGCUGUUCAACAAAGACUACCGCCUAGUGGACGUGAGCGAGAUGCUCGAGACGCAUCGCGUCGCGUACGUCGCGGCUCCCGCAGCGCAGGACAAGAGCGAUGAGGAGCUGCGCGAGUUGGGCCUCAGCCUCGCCCACAAUGUUGCCGAGCGCACAAAAGCUUCCUCAGUGGGACGCGGCAUGUUCUUCUUCCUCACUCGCCCUUUCCAGCCUACCCUGCGAUGGACCACCCCACCCCUCAAUAGACGUAUCCUUCUUCGUCCCGCCCAACCGUACCACUUUCCCGAGCCUCGCGCGGAAAGUGUCGAGCUGGACUGGCCCGAGUUUCACAACGGGGCCGCUUCUGCGCUUGAGAUGGUCGUGCAGGGCAAGGAGAAGGUGGACUCGAUUUGGUACUUUUCUCAGGGCCAGGGGGAGCGCAAUGCGCGACAUGCGGGGCUACUGCUCGGGCUUGGACUCGCCGGACACUUUGAGACUAUAGGACAGGUGCACACGUACCGCUACCUCGGAGACAGGCACGGCCUUACAUCGAUUGGCCUACUGCUCGGCCUGUCCGCCACCUUCGCUGGUCGAGGCGACCCGGACGUCCGCUCCCUACUCGCCUGUCAUGUCAAGGCUUUCCUCCCCGAGCAUUCUGCAAACCUCGCUCACUCCACCCUCGUCCAAGCUGCGGCACUGCUGGGCACCGGACUACUAUUCAUGGGCGCCGACGUUUCGCACAUUGCCGAGGCUCUCUGUGACCAGAUUGGCGCGCAGGAAAUCGAGACGACAGACCCAACGAUGCUGAGCCGCGCCGCCUACUCGCUCUCUGCUGCGCUGGGAGCAGGGUUGGUGAUGCUCGGUCGAGCAAGGAGAGUCGAGGCGCUGACCGUGCGGGAUAAGAAGCUCUGCCGUAAGCUCGAGCGAUAUAUGGUGGGUGCAGGGAGGGAUGCGCUUGAAGAGGAGGAAGUGAGCGAUUUGCAUUGGCGCGUGGAUGAGCGCAUCACGUCUUCGACUGCUGCUGUGGCGUACGCGCUCUUCUUCCUCAAGAGCAACCAGGGCGAUGCAGCCCGCGCUAUACCCAUGCCGAAGGAUUUGGUGGAGCUCGAUGCGUUGCGCCCGGACAUCCUGCUCGUCCACUCGGUGGCCCGCAAUUUGAUCAUGUGGGAGGCUGUGCAGCCUACAACCGACUGGCUGGACGGUGUUCUGCCUACCUUUUUACGCAACGACGCCAAACUCGGCGCCCACGCUACGCAAGUCAAGGUGAACCUGAUCGCCGGCGCUUGCCUCGCGCUCAGCUUCAAGUACGCAGGAUCGGCAAGCACAGACGCCAAGCGCCUUCUUUUAUCUGUGUACCACGACCUCGAGGGACGUGCGAAUAAGACCAGCCAAGUCAGCUACGACGGUCGUAUCCUCCACUCGACUCUGCGCUCCUCUUCCGACCUCAUCGCGCUUGCGCUAUCCAUUAUUCUCGCCGGGACUGGUGACCUGGACCUACUCAAGAUCCUCCGGCCCGCCCACGCCCGUAUUCCCAGCUCAGAACCCUACGGCAGCCAUAUGGCUGUGCACAUGGCUCUUGGCCUGCUCUUCCUCGGCGGUGGGCGCCUCACGCUCGGCACAUCGGACGCGGCCGUUGCGGCUAUGCUCAUCGCCUUCUAUCCGCGCUUCCCAACGAAGGCAACGGACAAUCGCUCCCAUCUACAGGCCUACCGCCACCUCUGGGUGCUGGCGGUGGAGCCGAGACUGGUCGUCACGCAAGAUGUCGCGUCGGGCGAGAUGGCUGCCGUGCCUGUCCGUGUGAGAGGGCAGGAGCCUGUCAUGACGCCCUUCCAGCUGCCCGAUCUCGGCAAGAGCGCUAAGUUGGAGCUCGACUCGGAUCGAUACGAGAACACGGCCCUCGAGUCUGCGAGCCAGGCGACUCGCCAGCGGCUGCUACUCAAGCACAAGGAGGGCUAUUUGGAUUACUCGCGCGAUCCGAUGGGGCAUCGGACUGCUAUGGCGAGGGAGCUGGCCGCGGAGAGGGGUAAUGUGGGGCCAGAAAGUAGCGGCGUGUUGGCGGCGAGUGGUGAAGGUGAGGACGCGACGAUGUCGGCACACCUGCGCCUCCUGGCUGCUCACACGAGUGGCGACGACAGAGUAGCCUCGGCGCUGCGCGAAAGCAUCGACCGUAAUGCGUCGCAGCUGCUGCCAUUCGCGAUCGCAAAGGGUCAGCUCGUGGACGGAGGGGAUGCACGAGACUGGGCUUGGACUCCGCGCUUCCUUGCGCUGCUUGGUCUGCCCACUGAGCCUGGCUUGGAGGCGGCGCUCGCUUCUUUGCGUAAAGGAGCGCGCGAAAAACUGAACAGCGAGGAGAUGCGCAGCGCCAUCCUCAGAGUCAUCAGAGGCGAGACGGUCAUGGGGGCGUGCAAUGGGGACACGAAGACGAUCGAACGCUUGGCCGACUCGCUUUCAGCUCUUGCUCCCCGUAACACCGUAGACGAGCUCGUCCGGCUGCGCGGCAUGAUGAAGACGAUGCUGUCCGAGCUGACAGCUGCGGAGCCAGACGCUGCAGGAGACGAAAGCGUCAUUGACGCACUGGUGGACGUCGGACGAGCGGCUACGGGUGGAGACGUCGACGAGCAGCUGCUCAGGGCGAUGGCAAUGGCGGAGCUUUGA